AUUCGACCGCUGUUCCUUCGUGAGCAUAGAACCAGCCUGACUCAUUGACCUCUUUCUUUCCAACACCAGCACAACCGCCACACGAUAGAAGAUGUCAUUCGAUCGCCUUGUCCGGUUCGUGCCCAAGGGCCAUGAUAGCAAGAUCCUGAUCGGCGAGCCCGUCGACGGCUCCGUUGACGUCGGCGCUGCCGUCCGCAAGGGCGAGGAUGUCCAGGUCAAGGUGUACAGUGGCACGUCGGUGCUGGACGCCGGCUCGCCGACAAGCGAAACCGCAACUAUCGGCCGCGUUCUCUCCCCCUUGGCGCGGGAGGAGGUCGGGACCAUUCGUUGCAUCGGGUUGAACUACAAGAAACACGCCGAAGAAGCUAAAAUGACCAUCCCCGAGAUCCCCACCGUCUUCCUCAAGCCAGAGACCUGCCUCGCCGACCCCUGGCCUGCGCCGACCAUCAUCCCAAAACACACCAUCGCAAGCGACUCGGCCGAUUACGAGUCCGAGCUGGCCGUGAUCAUCGGCAAGGAGGCCAAGAACGUGUCCGAGGCCGACGCGCUCGACUACGUGCUGGGCUACACGGCCAGCAACGAUAUCUCGAGCCGUGCCGCCCAGUUCGCGCAGACGCAGUGGUGCUACUCGAAAGGCUUCGAUGGCGCGUGCCCGCUGGGGCCCGUACUGGUGUCCAAGCGGCUCGUCCCCGACGUCGGCAAGCUCAGGUUGAGGGGGUUGAAGAAUGGGAAGGUUGUGCAGGAUAGCGGGUUGACUGAUCUCAUCUUCUCGGUUGAGAAGAUUGUCAGUUUCCUCUCGCAAGGCACGACGCUGCCCAGGGGCACUGUGAUCAUCACCGGCACGCCCGCCGGUGUCGGGUUUGCUCACAAGCCGCAGGAGCUGUUGCAUGAUGGGGACGAGUUUGUCGUGGAGAUCCAGCCGCAUAUCGGGAGUCUGUACAACGUCAUGAAGAACGAGGAAUGAACAAACAUAGACAUGACCAAUCUUGUGGCAGUUUUUGUUUGCCCUCUUUGUCCUUAUUUCUUUCUAUGCGGUUUUAGCUACAUACAUCUAGAUGAUGGCACCGGAUAUGUCCGCCAUAGAAGCACGGCCCGGAACAGGGUGCAGUUAUUCCUGGUUUUGCAUUGCACCUCUGUUGACUUCAACUUCUCUGUCUCUUUUGGCAUGGCCGUCAACUCUACUCCAGCAGGUCGGGAAGAUGCUCCUUG